AUGCACGUCUUCCAGAUGCUCGCAUUCGCCACUCCGUCCACCUCUUCGGACUUUCUUCCGAUUUUCGCGCACUUCGACGUCAAGCCGUCCGUCUACACUCAUCUCAACGACAAGACGUUCGUCUCCAGUCACUCUUUUGCUCCAGAAGCCACGUCUCCUUCUUCUUCCUCUGACGAUUCUGGAUUCUUCGGUAAGCAAGCGUUCUUCUUAGGCUUUACUGAGUUUGGGUGGCUUUUGAGAUUAUGUUUUUUGAAUUUCCAAACUGAAACCUAACAUUCUCUCAUUUCAGACGACUCCGAGCACACCGAAAUGAGCUGCAUCGCCCAGGAGAUCGGCUCCCAACUGGCUGCAAUGUGCGACGACUUCGACUCGCAACUGCUCUCCUUCAGAAGCCGUCGUCCGCCUCCAGAAGCCUUCUCGAUCGUGUCCUCGACUUUUUCGCCUUCUGAAUCAGUCUCAAUUGCCUUUCCCUCUCCCCCAAUCCCGGUGCUUUCUCCCCUCCAAACCUAUUGUGAUCUCCCAUUUGUACCAUAG